AUGGAGUGGCCAGCGAUCCCGUUUCUCUGUUUCCUCAUGCUUGGGAGCAGUAUCGCUGCAUCGCCGGCGCCGGUGCGCGUCGGCGUGGUCCUGGACCUGACGAGCGACGUGGGAAGGAAGAGCCUCGCUUGCAUUUCCAAUGCGUUGGACGACUUCAACGCCGCGCACUACGACAACUCCGGCGGCGCCGCGCCGGUGGAGCUUCGGGUGAUGGAUUCGCGUGGGGAUCGCACGGCGGCAGUACAUUCUGCGAAGGUCCUGAUCAAGAACUCGCAAGUGCAAGCCAUCAUUUGGGGCCCUCACACAAUGACCAAAGCAGAUCACGUCGGCCACCUUGGCCGCCCAAAUCACAUUCCGGUUCUUUCAUUCUCCGGCAUUUCCCCAACAUCGUGUGCCUUCUGGUUGGAUGACCUUGUGUCAGCCUCCAGAGGCAAUGCCAAGUACGGAUUUACACUUGGAAGUGAAACUGUGACCUUCCGUAAUCCAAAAACUGAUAGAAGACAAAGCAGAAAACUAUAUACAAGAAAUUCAAAGAAGAACUGCAGAAGUAAGACGGUGUUGAAGAUUGCCGUGCCGCGGAAAGAAGGUUUUCAGUUUUUCGUGAAUGUUAUUGACCAAAUUUCGAAGGAGCAAAACAUCACCGGAUACAGCAUUGAUAUCUUCAAGGCUGCUAUGAGGAAUUUACAUCCUAUGCCGUGCUAUAGAUUUAUUGUCUUCAACGGUUCGUAUGAUGAGCUAGUAGGCAACGUGUCUUUAGGGGUGUAUGAUGGUGCAGUUGGUGAUGUGACCAUAACCGCAGAACGAGUUACUAACACAGACUUCACAAUGCCAUACACACAGUCCGGUGUGUCCAUGCUUGUGCUUGCCGAGGAUGCACCAGAUAUCCGUUGGACAUUUGUAGAGCCACUAGAUGGGAUGCUUUGGCUUGUAACCAUGGUUUUUUUAUUAUAUACUGGCAUUGUCGUGUGGAUGACUGAACUACCCACACAUCAGGAGUAUCAAGAAUUAAGUUGGAGACAGUGUGGCACCGCCAUCUACUUCAUUUUCUGCACCUUGACGCUUUCUCAUGUUCAAAGUAUUAGAAGCCCCUUGACAAGAAUUGUUGUGGUGAUAUGGUGCUUCGUAGUGCUGAUUCUAGUACAGAGUUACACGGCAAGCUUAUCAUCCAUUCUGACUGCAAAGAGGCUACGUCCUAAGGUGACAGAUCUGGACCAGCUCCGGCACAAUGGUCAUUUUGUAGGAUACCAAGAUGAUUCCUUCGUGCGGUCCUUCUUGAUAAAUCGUAAUAUCAGUGAAAGUAAGUUAAGGAACUACACGAGGAAAGAAGAAUAUGCUGAUGCUUUGAGGAAGGGGUCCAAGAAUGGAGGGGUGUCAGCUAUCGUCGAUGAGAUUCCCUAUUUAACUUCUUUCCUCUCUGACAAUCGGUACAAAAAUGACUUUAAGAUGCUCGGGUGCAGAUACAAGACUCCGGGAUUUGGUCUUGCAUUUCGUCUAGGUUCUCCGAUAGUGCACAACCUCUCAACUGCCAUCUUGAACCUAGCAGGAGGGGCUGAGGGUGAAAAAAUUGAGGAAAAAUGGUUCGGCAAAACUUUACCAUCGGUGGGUGCUGACGCGGUCUCCAACACAGAUUCGGCACCUCUCACAGUACAACACUUUUCUGGUCUAUUUAUCAUCACGGGAUCCAUUUCAACUCUCAUGCUGCUAAUAAGUAUUGUGAGGUUGGUUUAUGCCAAAUGCACCAGAUCGAGAAAGGUCGGCGUAGAAAGCGUCAGCUGCAAUAGUGCCCACGAGGAUACCAGUUUACAUAAUCGCGUGGACGACAAUCCCAGCCCCAAACAACCUCUCCGUGAAGAUAGCGAUGAUGUUUCCCAAGGUGUCCAUGAGACUGGCCAAAAUGUUGGGGGUGCAGAUCCCGAGUCAUUGCAGCAGAUCAAUGGCUUGAAAGGUGGCUCUGUGCCUGCAGGACACAUUCAGAUUGAGAUGAGCAAUGUUUGA